GAACAGAAUUACACAAAAAGCACUACGGAAGAAAAGACUAGGAAAAUUAAUCGAGGACAUCCAGCAUGGGCAUUUGAAUAGAAAAAUCACUUCAAAUUACAGCUUUCCGCCAAGCUUAAGAUUGGAAUUCCCCGUUCUUAAUUAUGCACAAUCAGAUAGGUAAGCAGUUAGACAUGGCGCUCCAUCGUAGGCAUAGACAAAUCCCGCGACCAUACAGAAAUGCUUGCGUGCGACCAGUUGUGGCUACACAGUUCUGAUUACCAGCACGGCACAUUCCCAGUUCUGACGGGGUUGCGUCAGAUUUACGCUUAGGAAACAAAGAUGAGGCUCGUUUGGGAAUAAUUUGAUGAGCAACACUGGACUCAGUGAAGCAACUCUUUGCGUCUGCUAAUACGGUGUCCUCAAAUUGACACUCAAAAUUUUGAUGAAUUUUAGCCACCGGCAGAGUGAGGAAGGUCGCAAUGAGCGCCAACUAUGGCAACUUGGACAUUCAGACAAUGCUUUGGUGUCGAAGUCUUCGAAGAACGCAUGACGACAAUAUGAAGACGGUGAAGAAGGGGAUGGAGGUAAAGAGGAAGAGUAGAUUGAGUAAAACCAGCGCUCUUCAAAAGAAAAUGCCUAACUCAAAUGUAGAGGCUGCUAACUAUCCUCGAUCUGUUUUGCAAACUCGUUCUCAGGAGACUCCCUCGGCGUCACCUCGACUAUCAAGACCGAAGAGUGCUCAGGUCCAGCAAGCUAAGAAGUUACUGAAAAUAUUACGUCUAGAUCACAUGCUUUCUGAUGGCGACGAAGAGGAAGAAACAGAGAGGAUGAGCAAGAAGAAAGGGAUCAAAGAAAAGAAGAAGCGUUGUCCGUACAGGCUGAGGUCGACCUCGUCCAAAAUACCUCUAUCCAGGGAAGGUUCUCCCCGUCCAGUUGAGAGGAGUGUAUCUCCUUUGACAUCUUGGAGAAUGGAUGAUGCCGGUAUGCCAGAACCACUGCGGGAGAAGUUGAAUAUUUUUAAGAAAGAGCAUGAGACCAUGUCAAGUCAACAAACUUCGAAAGAACCAGUGCAGUUGAAUCAAGGUUCGGAAGAAGAAGAGAAUUAUAACGACACAUCUCAUGCUACGCAGUGGAAUCACAAACCUUUGCGAGGACAAGCGCGGGGGGAAUCUUGGCAAGCCGAUCACGUAGGUCUCAGUCUCAAAAAGGAGCCGCACAAUUUUGAACUAGAUAAGUUAAAGAAUAUAGUAGCAACAAUGCAGGAGGAGCACAGACAGUGUAUUCGCAGUAUCGCGGAGACCCUUGAACAUCACAGCCGGCAGAUUGUUCUCUUGACGAAGGCAAACUCUUCCCUGUCGAACCACGCGGAUUCCUUAGAGAAAGAGCUCAUGGUGUUGCGAGCUAUGCAGUAUGUCCCAUGAAGUUGUUUUAUUUUGGAUGCGGUGGCUGCAGAAUGCACGAGGUCGGGUAGAAAAUGCGUGCAUCUACGUUGCCUCCUUCAAAGUCUUCUCAAUUUUGCCUUCGAAAUUGUCUGCCUCUAGUAACUUGAAACGAAAGGCGGAGUUGGGCAUUAUCGAGGGAAUAGCGGUCUUGGCCGAAUAGACCUGGUAACUUCAACCCAUUAGCAACUGUGUUGAAAUAGAGCUUAUUUAUCAUACAAACCACUAAACAAGUCCAUUAGGAGUAAUCCCUCAUGUAGAGCUUGCAAGCUACCCCAUAUCCAGCAUCCAUGGUGCUCUACACACCACAUCACCUGGAGAUUGUUUUGUUGUGCAUUUCUGCCGUGCUGGACCUUCUCUAUUGUACAGACUAGCAAAAACUUGUGCAAUUGAGCUGAAAAAAAAUGCAAUUCAAAAUUGAGAUGCGUUUUUUGAUUGAUGGCCAACAUCUCUCAAGCAAGGAUAUUUUUAUUGUUUUUUAAAAAGAAUCAAGCGUUGAACUAUGAAUGCAACAUUUUUGGAUUUCAGCAUGGCUUUAACGAAUUUUUUACUAAAACUCUGUGCUACAUCUAAAAGAGUUGUCUACGCUUCUGAAUUCUACAAUUUAGAGAUGCAUUGCGUGACACACGAUUCCAGCAAUGAUGAUAAUCAUAAUAAUAAUAAUAAUAAUAAUGACAAUGUACCGUGAACCAUAACAAAUGAAUGUCACAAUAACAAUCUUAGGUUUUGUCUUACCCAUAAAUCCAAUAAUUAGAUGGCCAAGCACCAUAUCAUUUCUCUCCAGCUUUCUUGUAGCGGUUUCAACCAAAUAACUUAUUUAUACACUAACCGCUGCGAAGGCAUUCUAUCCCUUCUAAGUUUCAGUCAUGCUUUAGAGACAUCUUUUGCUUUAAAGAUUUCUCCAACAAACUCUAUGUGAAUGCUACAUAAACAUGAUACAAACUUUCUACAAACUUGUGGUCAACAAUAAAAUGUAUUUAAUUCUUUUCCUUUCUCUUCAUGUGUUCUUUAAUUAUUUUAACUCCUCAUCUUUUUCAGAGACUAAACCUUCCUUCCUUUUAAAAGAGACACUCAUUCAAUACAUUUAUGGGUUUUUUUUUUUAAUCAUUUAAAAUAUAGGAAGGUGAAAGUAACUCUCCA